AGAAGGUCAAAGAUCGUGGAGAAAAAGGGUGGGAAGACAAGGGUAAAGGAGUUUUCAGCAGAAUCGAAUGGGGAUCCGAUUCGUGUUGAUGGUGAACAAGCAAGGCCAAACACGCCUUGCCCAGUACUACGAAUACCUCACUCUCGAAGAAAGACGAGCCCUUGAAGCUGAAAUCGUUCGCAAAUGCCUCGCCCGUAACGAACACCAGUGUUCAUUCGUCGAGCAUCGCAAUUACAAGAUUGUAUAUAGGCGGUAUGCGUCUUUGUUCUUCCUCGUUGGAGUUGAUGAAAAUGAGAAUGAGCUGGCUAUUUUGGAAUUUAUACAUCUCUUAGUUGAAACCAUGGAUCGUCAUUUUGGCAAUGUGUGUGAGCUAGAUAUCAUGUUCCAUUUGGAAAAGGCACAUUUUAUGCUGGAGGAAAUGGUCAUGAAUGGUUGCAUUGUGGAGACAAGCAAAUCAAAUAUUCUGACUCCAAUUCAGCUGAUGGAUAAAAUGUCUUGAAGGAUGAGAAAGAAGUAUGCUCAGUGAUUUAUGUAUCACUAUUGACUCUCAUUACUAUCUUUGUGUGUAUUUUUUCUUUCCUUUGUAUGAAUGAUAACACAAUACCGUGAUCACAAAAUUUAUAAAUUUCAAAUGCAAGACACGAUGAACACCUGUCUCUGCUUACCUACCA